AUGGCUGAAGUGCCAAGAGGGGUGAAAAAUCCAAAAAUAACCACAAAAUUUGCUGGAAAAGUUGGAGAAUCGACAACUGAAUAUGUUGCUCGUUAUUUGGUCGAGAUUGGGAACCUAGCCAAUGAUGAAAAUUUAAAAAUAAAUUUUUUUCCUUCGUCAUUGACGAAGAAUGCAUUUACAUGGUUCUCGAAUCUUAGACCAAAUUCGAUUACAACAUGGAAUCAGUUAGAAACUGCUUUUCAUGCUCAGUUUUAUCAAGGGAAAAUGAACGUAGCAGUUACCGAUUUAGUAGCUUUGAAACGUGAAGAUGGUGAAACCAUCGACGACUAUUUAAUACAUUUCAAAAAUGCUAGAAGUAGGUGCUAUGUGACAUUACCUGAAAAUGAGAUAGUGAAAAUAGCAACUAUGGGGUUGGAAUUUUAUAUGCGCAGGAAAUUGUUUAAUGUGCAUAUUCCUGGCUUGGCUCACCUGGCUGAAAAAGUUCGACAGACUGAGCUUAUGAAAAAGGAGAAAGUAAAACAUAGAACUGAACAGAGGUCAAAAAGUAAACCGUUUACUCGAAAAGAGAAGGUUGCUUAUGUAACUAUGGAAUCCUCAAAGGAAGAAAUCGAUUUUAAAACAGAAGUUGAUUUGGCCGAGCUUAAGAAAGGCACUCCAUAUGUCUAUUCUUUAUUGAAAAAACUCCCUGGUAGUGAAAAGUCGAAUGAUUCAAAACUUAAAAUUGAAAAGAAAUAUAGUUUUGAUAUCUCAAAAUCUGAUCAGAUUUUCGAUGUGUUGCUUAAAGAUAAACAGUUAGUUUUACCUGAGGGUAGAACUUUGCUUUCCGUAAAAAAUUUGAAAGGAAAGCCUUAUUGUAAAUUUCAUCAAGCAAUAAGUCAUUCGACUAACAGUUGUGUCCGUUUCAGGGACUUAAUUCAAGAGGCAAUCAUGGAAGGACGUUUGAAAUUCGAUGAUGGCAAGAAGGAGAUGAAGGUUGAUGUGGAUCCCUUUCAAAACUGA